AGCUGCUGCAGAUCGCAGUUCGAUCAUUUGAGCACAAACAUGGACGCAGGGCACCUGGGAGAACAAAGAGAAGAAAACAGACUUUUGUCCGGUUAAUUUUCACUUGGACUCAAGCUCGUGGUCGACGGUUACACAUCGGAGUAGUUUAUCUUUUUCUCUGUAGCCAUGUUUGCUCUUAUACUUCUGCAAAUGACAACUUACUAUUAAUUUCCUGUUGGGACAGAAGUUUUGCUAACGGCGGCUGUAACUUUGGAUCAUGGAGCAAACCAGCUUCGGCUGCCAGGUCUGCCUCACCAAAUACAACAAGGUGUGUAAUUUGAAGAGUCAUGUGCACUCAAGCCAACAUCGACAGAAAAUGUCAGAGGUCUUCCAGAAAGAUACAUUCAAGGGUCGGGAUACAUUCAGGGGUCUCGGCUUCUUUCCCUACCUAAUUAUGAUCCAUCCACGUGCCAGGCGUGACAUCAAACAACCCGUCAUAGGCUUGUCUCUGAUGACUCUGUGUUUCAGUCCAGAGACAGACAAACAUUUUUACCUGUGCCAUGUCUGUGGGGAAAAGCGUCCACCAGACAUGAUUAAACACCACCUCUCUUCUAAUGACCAUUUCAGAAACUACUUUAACUACACAAACCCCAACAUGCUGAAUUUCGGCUGGAUACCCAGCAUGGAUUCGAGAAUCUUUCUGAGACCUGAGGUCAUAAAGGAAGUGAAAGAAAGGGGGCCCGGACAACUACAGUUGUUGGAUUUACCUGAAGAUCUGUUGAGUAGGCUUGAAAGAUGUACCUAUGCUGAAGUGAUGCACACUCUCAGUGAAAAUGACAAGCUUCUCAAGCUGCUUGAAGUUACCAAGCCAAAGAGGACAAUGAUACAAACAUACCAAAGAGACAGCAACAGGAAGCAUCCACUUCUUGGCAUGCAGCACCUUGUUGAAUGCAUUUGUGUUGGGCCGACGGAGAAGAGAUACUACCUCUGCACGCUCUGCAACCUACCUUUGGCGGCCCACAUGAUCAUCAAACAUGUCCUGAGCUUUGACCACAUCUUUUGUUACUUUAGAGCGUGGCAUCCGUCUACUUUGCUGGCAAAGGAAUCCUACAUGGAUUACAACACGUUUGCCCCCAUGUUGCUCAAUUUUGCAAAGCAGACGGAGGAAAUUCACAGUACUUCAGACACUGAUAUGAAGCAAGUGAGCCUGGAGGCUGCCAAAUUCACAUCGGUGAAUUUCGCUUGUUAUGCACAAGCAUUGAAGGCACUGGAAUCCAUCAGGAAGGAAAACGAUGAGAGCGGCUUGAUUACAAGCGUCAAACCAGGGAACAAGCUGGUGUAUCGCGCUGCAUCUGUACCGUCAGCAGCAUUAUCGUACAAACUACACUGUCAGAACUGCAGUAUGAGCUUUGACCAUAUAGGUCAUUAUUCCUCACAUUUGUCUGAGUCGAUACACAAAGAGAUGGUCACUAAACUCUUUGGUGAAGGUGCUGAUGGUUAUUUCCAAGGAUGGAAAAUCAAUCUGGGUUUAUACCUUGAGUACCUCAAAAAGCGCUCGGGGCAAAAUCAACCAGUUAUUGGUGUACCCCUGGUUGUGACGUGUAUCAGCACUCAGCUUCAGGAGGAACCUAUUUAUGUGUGCUUUGCUUGUGAGGACUGUUUCCCCCAGUCCUUUCUCAGGCAACACUUUGACUCCCCAAAACAUCUCAUACACACGUUGCUGUACCAGAAUCCCUGGCGGCUGCCUUUUGCGUGGGAGAAACAUCUGGAUGUGGAAGUCUUGAGGACAAUGGCAUGGGAAGAGGAAAAGGAAAAAGCACCAAAGCAGACGAUGCUGAAGGUAUUUGAUAUCUCCCACAGGGUGUUUCAGAGCCUCAUCCGACUGAGUUACUCAAAAGUGAUGGAGAGACUAGAGCCACACCGCACUCACUUAAAGUGUGACGUUCCACAGCGUGAAACUUACAGCAAACUCCAACAAAACGAGAGAUUUCCUCUGCUCGGUUGUCAGUUCCUGGUCAUGCACGACGUGUGUGUCAAACGGGAUCAGCUAACAGAAGUGGGAUUCCUGUGUUUGCUCUGUGAGAGGCGGUUGUUAGACAAUGAAUGUUACGCUCAUGUGUUCAGUCGGGAGCAUGUUGCAACAUUUCUGGACCGUUUCCACCCAGGCUCCCAGAAUUCAAGCACAGAUGCAGAGACCUUAUUGGACUUGGCAAAACAGGCAACGCGUUUUCACUCCAUAUCACAUGUACAGGUAAUAAAGUUGAACAAGCCCAUUUGGGAGCCCUGCUCGUAUUCUAAAGCAACAUUCAUCCUGGCAGCUGCAACUAAGAGAGCAAAUAGAUACUAUAAACCCCAAAUAAUGCCUAAAAAGAAGCUGGUCCCCAGACAAACCCUGAAAGACGUCGACAAGGACAGUCAGAAUAACAGCAGGAUGAUGGAGGGGGAUGAGAAAACGUGUCAAAAAUCUACAGACAGUAGUGAGAUGACCCUGAAAAAGAUUUCAGUAGAAGUUGGUGCCAAUACACACAGUGUAGAAACUCCUACACCAAGUGAAAAAGAAUCAGAGCAGAGAAGAGAGGUGUUUUCAAAAACUAGUUCAGAGGAGAUAAAGAAUGCAGGAAGUGAGACAUGCCAGGCGAUAAAGGUGAAGAUAGAAGACCUAAAGGAUAAGAUGGAAGACCAUAGAGUGAGAAAACCAAGUGGACAGACACUAGAAAGCUGCAAGGACACAGACAAGAAUUUGAGGACAGAUAGCAAAGAUGUCCUGACACAGUUGACCCAGAAAAGGAAAAUCUCACAGGACACCUGUCCUGUUGAGAAUGCCAAGCAAGAAAUGAGCCAUAAAAGGCAGCGGCUCACCUCUAAAGAAGACGCAUUCUGUAAAGAACCGCAAAACUUGCCAAGUAACGAACACGAGGAGGUAACCACCGCAGACAAGAGUGAAAGUGGCAAACCAAGUCAUGAAACUGCAAAGGACAAAGCAUCUUCUAACGUGAACCACCAACAAGAUCAAUUGUGGCAGUAUGUCAAGAGGAAGAGCCGAGAUCCUGUGAUUGGCUUAAGUGCACUUCUUGAAUGCCAUUGCGAUGAGCGUGACCCCAUCUACUUUUGUGAGUGCUGCUCUCUGAAGAUCCCAGAGAAGGACAUCGUCACCCAUGUUACUGGACCCUACCACCAGAAGAUCUACCUGGUGGGGUUACAGAGACUCCCACCCCCACCAUUGACUCACCAGAGGGAGGAGAUCAGACGUUCGGCUGCUUUGUUUGAACAAGAAAAUGGAUAUGGAGAGGCUCAGGUUGUUGAUCUGGAUGAGGAGAUUUACAAUAACCUCUCAAAGCAAAGCUUUAAAUCAGCCAUACAGACAGUGAAGGCACUUCGGGAUCAGCAGCACAGUGGGCGUGAACUUCCUGUGGACACCUCAGUUACCCUUGAUGCUGAAAAUGAGUUCUGUCAGGUGGUGAAGAUGGAGAUUGAUGAGGCAGGCACCCCCCUGACUGUUUCAAGUAGUGAGGUCAAAACCGAAUUAACUUCAAACACAACCGUUGGACCAUUACAAAAAUCAACCACUUCCAAAUUAAGGGGGCCAUCUCCAACUACAGCAAAUCUGGAUUCUGCUGUAGCUAACUCCACCAUAACCAUGACGGCCAUCUCCAAGCUUCCAGUCAAAUCUUCCAACUCUACUCCAGACACCACCAAAUCGACAGCACCCAUCUCCAAACUCUCAGCCGCCACCUACAGCUGUACUACAGCCACCAACAAAUUGAGACAAACUGCCAACGAAUGUACAGCAACCACCUCUAAAUGUACAGCAUCCUCCUCCACCCCUAGUGCCACCAUCUCAAGCACGACCUCAACCACAAAAUCUGCAACAUUGUCCAAACCACCGGAAAGAACUGGAGCUGCAGCCAAAGUUCCAGAGACUUCAUAUAAAGCUGCCACCGCCUCUAACAUGGAAUCCACAGUAUUGCCUGAAGCUGCCUGCAAAACUGCACCUGUCUCUAAAAUGGAAAAUGUCUCGAAAAAAUCUGUAGCCCCUGCUAGAAUGACUAAACCAUUAGUUAAAUGUGAAAACACUCAAGCCUCUGUCAAGGCUGCACAUAUAAGGAGUUCUGUGGGAUCAACUGUUGCAUCAAAGAUUCAUAAGAGUAAGGCACCUGCAGCUCCCCACCUGCACGCCAGGUCUGAAAAUAAGAAUCCACUACAUACCUCCGCAAGUAAGACAAAGGAAACCUCUCCUAGAGUUGGCUUAGACCAGCUGAUUGUAGUGAGAUGUGGAGAAAGGAAGCGAGUCUACUGUCAGCUGUGUUCAGUCAUGUUGACGAGUUCCAGUCACCCAAUGGAAUUCAUCCACCAGUUUAACUAUGUGAAAAAGCAGCACCCUGGGUGGAAUGCCACGAAAGACAAGUCAAUCGAGCUGCGGAGCAAAUUGGCCAAGAUAGUGAGCCACAUGGCUGAGGUUGAGAAAGAUGUAGGAUCCCCAUCCAAUAAGGAAGUGGAGUUGAAGAUUGAGGAGUACAAAGAGCUGGCAGAUCUUCCAGUGGUCGAAGCUAUUGAAAGGCUGAAAGAAAAAUUGGAACUGCGAGACUCGCAGGUCUUAUCACUCCCCACAGCCAGUACUGCACAGGUUUUGAGACCGCGAUUUCCUUCCGCCAGUCCAUAUGAAGCUUCAAGCCCAGAUGACGAUAUGUACAUGCAACAGGAAGAAAAACGUUCUGAUAACCAAUCGGAGCAGGAGAAAAAACAUGAGCUCAAGGCACUAUUGAUCCAGAUUCCAGAAAUUGAAUCCAGUUCAAAAGAGGAAGGAACUCUUACUGUGGGUCAGUCGGACAGAGCUCAGAGCGUAAAGAGUUCAGAGCCAGAAGCUAAUGACACAAUUUCAGACCAGCUUCAUUUGUGGCAGAUCUUGAAUAAAAAUAAGCCCAAUUCUAGCAUUCAAGACGCAGGCAUUGCAGCAGUCCAAAUGCAGAAGCCUCAGGGUGCCGCUGACUCCACGGGCAGGUUUGCCCAAACCUUUGAUCCCGAGAAGAGACAACAGCAGGAGAGAAGUGAUCCAAAGUAUCAGGACACGUGGAAGAUGCUGGAAGGCUCUCAGGAAACAUCACUUGUAAAAUUCUUCAACCAGGACCCGCCCUCUUAUGCUACAACGGUGAAUACAGAACAACAGAACCAACUAAGACCCAGCGAGAAAGCAGAACGUGUAUCAAAACACUCACAAGGGAAAAGCACACGGAGCUGCAGUAAUUUGUCUACAUACUUGAGGGUGUUGGAAUAUGACCUUGAACCAAUCAUAGGUCUGGGAUCUGUGUGGGAGUGUCGAGGGAUAAAGCAGAAUUCGUUCUACCUUUGUGAGAGCUGCAGGGAGACGCUCUCCGUCGGUGACAUCUGUCGACACAUGCUUAGCGAUGAGCACAAGCUCAAAUGCACAAUGCAUGUGUUUCAGUGGAGGCACUACCCUCUGGAUCUGCACUUCUGGCUGGAGGAGGAUCUGCUCCAAUGGAUGAAACUGGAACUUUUAAAGGAAGUAGCCCAGAUGCUCUCAGAACAGGAGCGUUACAACAAGAUAGAUGCACAGGUUAUAAUCAUGAGAGAGGAUCUGUAUGAAUAUGUCCGGACAGCUUCGUUCGAUGAAGCUUUAAAAGUGGUGCAAAACAUCACCAAAGGUCUACACAUCUGUACUCCACAACAAAAAGACCAGCAGCCUGAGGCCCAGCAGAGUCCAGAAGAAUCUCUUCCCAUGAAGAUGCAGCCAGCACAGACACCUGAGACGGGCCACAGUGGCACAGGAGCAAGACAAAAAACUGAGAAACAUAAUUUGGAAGAAACGGUUGAAGAUUUGGAUGGGGUCAAACAAAGCACAGUCUUGAGUCUGGAUGUGACUAGUAUCUCCUCAAAGCCUGCUUCUGUUGUUUCUCAUUUCCCUGGGGCUGCAGCAUGUCUCAGUCCCCAAGAGCAACCAGAACCCAGACACCCAGUCUCACAGCACCAGAGGUCUUUCCCAGAGUUGCAGGUGAAACAGGCAGAGGUGCACUCAGAAUCUCCAUCUUCCUCUCUUGUUAGUCCUAAAACAAGUCAAACCCAGUCAGUGUCUCCUAGAGAUAAAUACCUUCCAACCAGCAAAAAUGGAAGAAGAAGAAAAAAAAAAAGAAAAAAAAGGAAAGGACCAGCUGUUGAAACACUGGCCAGAACUUUCCCCAGUAACACCCAACUUGAGGAUCCUUUCAGUCAGCCAAACCCCCAAGUAGCCUCUGAGUCCACUUCUGUUAACCCUCCUGCAACCCCCACCCUCCUGUCCCCUAUGGACAAAGACACAGGACCUGGAUUUGAUGAACGGGACACAUCCAUUGUGGACUGGAAAGCGUUUACACAGCUAAUGGCUCUGGUGAGAGAGAAAAAGUCUGAGAAAAAUAUGUCCUCUUGCACGUCCGCUCCAGGUUAUGGUGAGACUAAUACCUCCUGCACUAACAAUUCAUCUGAAAGUGGUAUGGAAAGAAGAUGGGAUCCAAAGUCUGUGCAGACUAAAAUGGCCAAAAUAACAACAAGAUGGGAUUUAAAGUGGCAUCCAUCCUGUGCUAACUCAGUGGAGAAGUUUUCAACAGCAGCUCCUGUGAUCUUGGGCAACAAGAACCAACUGUGCACCCCUAAUGCCAACAACUCAUCUCUUGAGGGCUCUGUUUCAACGAGUGGCGACCUUUUGCUCGGCACGACAGAAGCCAGUGCAGUCGGUACCGUGUUACCUUCUGCCAGCAUUGCUGACCCCAGUGGCCCACAACGCCAGAAGAGUGUCGAUGCUCAGAGCACUUCUGGAAACACAAGCCAGUUAAACCCUAGUUCCAUCUACUGUGAAGUCACUCACGAUAACCCAAGAACGAUACCACAGCCAAGAGGAUACACAGAGACUGACAACACUGGGGUCCGUCAGUUGCCCAUUAACACAAUCGUAACUGUCAGGCAAACCCCCCAUCAGCAGCAGUUUAUGGUUGGCUAUAAUGGACAGGAGGACCACACUGAGGUGAACAGGGGCAAUCGGGUCAUUCGCAUCGUCUCCCCAGUUGGAACAGUGAGCCUCAGUGAUGCUUCAGGAGGAUAUGGUCAGUGCAGUCAGAUGGCCUAUGUCAUAAAUGGACAGUUAGGUUAUUUUUCUUCUGAGGCUGUUAGUUACACAACACCCGACAACCCUCCUGUAUACAGUGGGAGUUCCUACCAAUGUGAGGGGCGCUCUACAAGGGAGUUCUGUCCAAGCCAGAUUUACCCAGAGCAGGAAGCAAACAGCUUCAGGCUGCAAUCAAUUGGACACGGUAUAGCAGCUCCACCGCUCCCAGAAUGGGUAAGGCUGGGAAUGCAGCAGCAGUGGCUGUUACAGCAGCAGUACUCCUCAUGGACAAGUGGCAACUUCCCUGACUGCUGGAGAUGGCAAAGUGACCAAUGAUGCUGCCUACGUAGGUGCUGUUCCAUUCCCGAAUCCAGCCAACAAUUCACAAAUAUCGAGUUACCUGAAC